GGAUAUAGUCGCAUGUCAUUUCAUACGGUGAAACGUACUCGAACAAUAUCUAACCAGCAGUUGCAAGUCCUUUUCUCGUGUUGGAAAUUUCUUCUUAUUUGAGGUGGCACAAAAAAAACCCAACCGAAAUACCAAGUGAUCCUGUUUUGUUCGAAUUUUCGACCGUAACCAGUCGAUAUGUCCGUAUCGGUGCUGUGAAUUUUUUUCGUAAAAUAUACACACUAGGCAGGCAUAACCAGUGGCGACUUUCAUUGAAUUCGCAAGGACACACUUUUACAGGUCCGGACCAGACGGCAUUCUUCCGGUGAUCAGAACUCAGUGGUUUCGUCUAUGCGUCAACCGAACGUUGCGACGACGGCGGCAUGUUGUAAACAGCAACACGUCUCACAUUUAAACAUUAUGUAAAUAUGAAGCUGACAUCCAAUAAAUAAAAAUCAAAGUCCAAAAAAUAUAUCUCGCAAAUUCAGUGUGUGUGUGUGUGUGUGGAACGUGAUUGAAGUGGAAAAGCAAAUAUGGAAAAAUAUGAUAUAAUAUCGGUGGUGGGUGAAGGUAGUUAUGGUUUGGUGAUGCGGUGCCGCCACCGUGAGUCGGGUCAGUAUGUGGCGAUAAAGAAGUUUCUGGAAACUGAGGACGAUCCAACCGUGCGUAAAAUGGCCCUGAGAGAAAUCCGAAUGUUAAAGAAACUGCGACACGAGAAUCUUGUUAAUAUGAUUGAAGUAUUUCGACGAAAGAAGAGAUUUUUCCUAGUCUUUGAAUAUCUUGAGCAUACUGUGCUCGAGGAAUUGGAAGCUCGCACCGGUGGAUUAGGCUAUAUUACCUCACGAAAAUACAUUUACCAAGUGCUGCGUGCACUAGAUUUCAUCCAUUCACAUGAUGUGAUCCAUCGUGAUAUUAAGCCGGAAAAUGUGCUAGUGUCUCGAUUGGGUGUGAUAAAAUUGUGCGAUUUUGGAUUUGCCCGCCCAUAUUCAGAGAAUGAAACGUUUACGGAUUAUGUGGCGACGCGAUGGUAUCGGUCACCGGAGCUGCUGGUUGGCGAUAGAUAUGGCAAAGAAGUGGAUAUCUGGGCGGUUGGGUGUUUGUACUGUGAAAUGAUGACGGGUGAACCGUUAUUUCCCGGCGAAUCGGACAUCGAUCAAUUAUUUCAAAUUGUUCGUAUUCUGGGCAAAUUAAGUUCACGUCAUCAGAUUCUGAUUAUGCGGAAUGCAAUGUUUCGUGGCAUGAAACAGGAGCAAAACACUAGUCUAACACAAAUGUUUCCCAAUUGGAAUCGAGAUAGUAUUGAUUUUUUGACACAAUGCCUAAAAAUGGAUGGCAAUGCACGGCCCGAUACCGGUAAACUACUCAAAUACGAUUUAUUUGUACGUGAUAAUUUCUUAGACAAUUUCUUGAGUGAACUUCGUGCAAAAUUGGCACAAGAAAUGCAAGUCAAUCCAUUGCUCAAACGAAUCCCAAGCUACAGUUCAAAUGGACGAUGGAAUAACGAUGAAAAGAGAUCGGACAAAGUGAAAAAGUCAAGCGGUGAUGAGAAAAAAGAUAUUAAAUCGAAUGAAAAGUCAAGUAAAGUCAAUCUGUCGGUUUUAUCAACGCAAUUACUUCAACCGGUUGGACUGGCAAAACCAAUACAACAAAUGUCCGAGCCGAAUGUGAACACCAGCACACUCAGCAAAACCUAUUCAAAUGGUGAUUCGCUUAGCGAUAAGGUCAAUAUUAAUGAUGAAUUGUCAAAUGCAAAUAUUUCAUCGAACAAACAACGCACAAAUGGCAACGGUGGCGGCGGUGGGAGCAGCAAUGGCGAUGGCAAUCAGUUAGGGCAAGGAAAUGACACAAAUAAUAAGCAAAUUUCUAUAAAUAAUUUAACAUUCAAGGACAGUAAUAAGUAUUCGCGGAUUUUAUCAGCCAAAUUGAAUAAAUCAAAUGGACUAAACGUUGAAAAAAGCCAAUCAGUUCAACCGCCACCCUCACCAAUACCAUUCCAAUCACUUCAACCUGAAUCGCUGCUUACGUCUACCGAGCAUAGCUCAACACUCAUCCAAAAUAAACGUCUUUCGCCUGUCACGCACAUCACAAACAACAAUCAGAAUAUCACCGGCAAUGCGCUUCAUCUUAAUGGACAAAAUUUACCACAGCAAUACUUUAACUAUCGCCGUCAUUCGAAUGUGUUGGGCGUAGCUGAUCAAAUCACCUUCGCGAAGAGUAAUCAGCUGAGCAAGCCGAUUGUCAAUCAACCGUCCAAUCAAAUGCCAUUCAAUGUACGAGCUGGUGUUAUGACCAAACGUGAUCGAUCACAAAACCUAAUCGACGCAACAUUGAAACCGUUGAAUAACACCACAUUGAAUUCGAUUCUUGCACAUGAUACCAGCACACAAAAUGCUAUGCAACAAAACAAAGAUUCAAGUCCACGAAUACUACCACCGCCACAAUGGCUGACCGGCAACCUGAAGCUCACGUCACAAGGGAAAAUCGGCAAUGCCAUCAAUCCAACUAAUGGCAAUAGCAAACGACGCAUCACCGACUGGAAAAGUGUUGGCAUCGCUAAUAACAUGGGAACAACGCACAAACACAACGACAGCAACAAUGACUUGGUACCAAUUCUACCCAAUUGCCCCGGCGCAAUCAGUCCUAAGAAAACGAAUGGCAAUAGUUUAAAGAAGAAACUAUCGAUGCUGUCAAACAUUUACCAGGAACCUACUCUCACCACACCGCGAAAUUUUUCAGCAUCUUCGGACCAUAUAAAUGAGACAUAACGUUAGCUGCAUCGUCAUUGCCUUUAAUUAAAAGGUAAAUGACGCUGUUGACCUCUCUCAUGGAUCAGGUCGGAUGAUACCGUGACCGUGGUGUUGUUGUGCCAAAAUUCCAUAGAUCGCUUCAAAAUGAUACCAAAUGAUGGUGGUCCAGUCCGCUUUGUAGUCGACCAUUUUUUCUAAAAUAAAACUAAUUCUUUUCUUAAACAUUCCUCUUACAUGUAAAUUGUCCAUUAAAGUCGAUUUUAAGUGAA